GCUGAUAUCAAUUUCGGUCUCAGUUCUCUAACAUUGUUAUUUUUUGGUUUUAUAUUUCGACUUUCAGUUCAAAUAGUCUUAAAAAGGUGAUUAUAUACUAAUUAAACGUAGAAUCGAAGUAGAGUGCAGAACCGAAAAAUAAUAUUUAUAGAAGUAAUGUACACAAGUCAGGAACAACAUAUCCAAUAACAGUUAUAGCAUUUUUUUGGGUUCUCAAUAAUUAGUUCAAGAACCGGAAUUGAUACCUUCACUCUUUUCAACUCUUGGUUCGAUUUGGCCAAUCGAACCGUAGAAAAUUCGAAUUUAAAUAUGUUUAUGCAGCCGUCAUUUUAAAUGGCAGUUGCGUUUCGCGAGUGUUUACAAGACGGCAUGUGUAAUGAUCUCAAGCCGUGAGAGACGUAGAUAGGCGUAGAAUAUUAGUUAGAAACGAAGUAGCAGCAUACGAAAAGUUUUCGCGCAUGGUCGCCCGUGAGGAAAAUGCCAAGCGACGUCCAAGUGGGAAUCAAAUUGAGACCGUUGACAGAAAAAGAAAUCAAAGAGAAUUCAUCGAUACGAUGGAUCGUAAGAGGAAACUCGAUUGUUUCUUUAGAUCAAAAGACAAAACAAAAGGGCGACGAAUUUCAUUUCGAUUACGUUUUCGACCUUGAUACAACAAAUUCUGAAGUAUUUGACAGUGUAGUGAAACCUGUUGUUGAUGCUGCUAUAACUGGCUUCAAUGGUACAGUGUUUUGUUAUGGACAAUGUAACUCUGGCAAAACAUACACAAUGGCUGGUACUUCAGAAGAUCUUGGACUAGUACCACUUAGUAUAAAACACAUACUUAAUGUUGUUUCAACUCCCAAUACAGAACAUGAAUUUGUCUUAAGAAUGUCAUGCUCAGAAGUGCAAGAUGAGAUAUGUGAUUUGUUAGGCAAGGAGGAAAUUGAAGUAAAGCUAUCUAAUGGAGAAGUAAUUGUUAAUAGUGUGAAAGAUAUUAUAAAUCCUUUAGCCCACAUAUUAUCUGUGAUACAAAUGAGAAUUGAUGAUAAGAGAAUACGAGAAACAAAUCGUGAAAAUGUUAGCCACACUGUGUUUCAAAUUGUAAUUGAAAGAGAAGAUCUCAAUAGAUUUGUACAAAAAUCAGAAUUAAAUUUCGUACACCUUGCUGGCUUUAAAGAAGUUCCACCUGCAAAUGCUUCUAAACAUCAAACGGACGAAUUUCUCUUAGCUUUAGAAUCGUUAAUUUUAGAAGAACCCAAGGUAGAAUCUUUCCAGCGAUGUAUCAGUAAUUGUAAUAACAAGUUAAUGGAUUUGCUGCAGACUCCUUUUGGUGUCGUAGUAAUGUUGUGUACAGUAAUGCCUUGCGCUGCGGAGGAAUCUCAUCACACUUUAUCGCUCGCAUCUCGGAUUAAGAGCUUGAAAACCAAUCCACAGAAAAAUGUUAAUUCUGGUAAUUCAGCUAUAGAAAUUUUUGCACCUCUCUCAACCAAACUCCUAACAGAAUCAAAGAAAAUACGAAACGGAAACUUAGUCGAUAUCGGCGAUGUAGAAUCGGAAAAAAGAUAUGAAAAUCUUUGCGCGGUAGACAAACGUGUAGUACUGUUCGAAAGGCAAAUUGUUCCUGGACGUAAAACUGUUUACGAAGAGCCGAUCGUGUCUAAAGCUAGAAGAGAAAAUUGGCUUAAAGCUGCUGGACCAUCUAGACAGCAUUCAUUUCAAAUCGAAACUUACCAACGUUUACCAACUAUAAUAGAAAUGUCACCCGAGAAAACAUUUAAAAAGAGAAACAUUACGCAAUUGAUCGAUGUCACAAAUCGAACAUUCCACGCGACUUUUACAGAUUUUCGAUUAGAUUUAAUUCCGACAAAUAAUGUAACUAACCGAGGCCCUGAUAUUAAAAACGAAUGCAUCAAAAUAAAUGAAUAUGAUGUGAGACUAAAUAAGCAAGAUUCAGCAGUACAAACAUCGAACAAUUCAUUAUCUCCAAAAAGUAUGUGGAAAAAAUAUAUUUUGGACCGUGGAAAGGCUUUUGCUGAACUCCUUGAAUUCACGGAUUUAGAGAGCCAAUUGACGGCACGCAAGGAAGAAAACAGAAAAAACCAUUAUUAUUCUGUUUACCCGGAAGAACUAAAUGCACCACAGAUUAUUUGUUCAAGUUUAAAAAAUAAUUCGCUAAUUUGGUUAGAAGAAGAAAAGAUUAGACUCAUCGAUGAAUUGAAAUUAAAGAACAAAGAAUUGAAUGAAAUAAAGAACGACUUCCAAAGCCUCAAAUCGGACUUGGAGCAAACUAUUUGUUUAUUGACAAAUGAGAACGCGGCAUUGUUGCAUAACUUAUCUGUAGAGAAAGAACGUUCGACGGAAACUGAAAAUAAUCACCGGAAAACGAUCGACGACCUCCAGACCUGUAUCCUGAAAAUCAUAGAUGAGAAACUGCAGUUGGAAAACAAAGUAACGACACUGAACGAUCAAAUGGCAUUAAAUCCUAAAACAGAGAUAUUCAGCAACGAACAAUUAAUUACGCAAUAUCAAGGCGAAAUUGCUGCGCUAAAAAAAGAAAAUACUGAACUGUCGAAAUGUCUAGCGGAGAAUAAGGGAUUUGAAGACAUUAAAGAAAGUAAAUCGUUACAGUACGAGCUCGAGUGUACUUCCGAGAACAAAGUCUUAAAAUUGACAGAAAAGUGUGAAUAUUUGGCAACGAAAAAUGAGAAGCUCUCCAUGGAAUUAAUUGCUAAGACUGAGGAGAAUAACGCUCUGAAGGAAGAAAAUAAGAUCUUAAGUGAUAAGAUUUCCAUGCUGGAUACUACCAACGCCGAUGAGAAUGACGUGGAACAAUUAAGAUCAGAAAACAAUGUUUUGCGAAGCGAAAACAUGGCAUUAAAAAUGAAAGUGAUGAUGCUGGCCGACGAGAGCACACAAUUUUCUGGUAACUUACUGGUCACUUCGGACAAUUUAGAUAGUUCGCGUAACAGGAACUUAAAUAAUAACAAGUCACAUUUAACUGACGAUGCUGCGACGUUGAACGCGUCGGAAAAACAUGUAUCGAUGACAGAGAGUUACCAAGAAUUGGCAAAUAAAGUUAUAGCGUUGCAGGAUGAGAAUAAUCAUUUAUCUCGCUUGAACGAGCGAUUAAGCGAAUUGAAAUCAUCACCGUGCAAGCAGUGCGCGUGUUUCAAGAAACUGAACGAGAGUCGCAAACCGGUAGCGCUCGAAAUGAAAGAGUUGAAUCACAAGCUGGAUCAUCUGCAGAAGAAGUUCGAUCGUGAACGCGCGCACAUUGAAGCGUUGAAGAAUCAGGAACUGAAUAUAAGCUUCGACGCGUCUUUUAAUGCCAGUUUCGUGGAUACGUUCAACCUUAGUUUCGUAGAGGAAAAAGUGCAGCAGCUGAACAACGAGUUACAAACUGUGAGGGAGCGGUAUGAAGAGAAGUGCGAUGAGUUUACGAAGCUUUGUGAUACGAAGAAUGUAGAUGAUCAGAAACCAUCGAAGAAACAAGCGUCUGUAAUUGAAACGAAGAUCGACGAGGCGCAGCGAAGUAUCAACGAAGCGAAAGAAGAGAUAGCUGAAAUGAAGAAGAAGAUUGCUAAAUUCAAGGCAGAGAAGGUCAAUUUAUUGAAGAAAAUCGACACUUUGAAAGGCGUUAAUGAGGAAUUGCAAGAAAACGUGUCGGAAAAGGAGAUAUCGCUAGCCGCGGCUACAGAGAGAGUGAAAAUACUUGAGAACGAGUUGUCGAAUAUGAACACGGAAUUGGAGGAACUUUCGGCGGAGAAGAACGCGAUGCAAGUUGAAAGAGUGAAACUGGACGUGAAGUUGGAAUAUUUAAGCGCUGAGAAAGAGACUACAGAUAAUCAUAUCGACGAAUUGUAUCGAACAAUCAACGAACUGAACGAACGUGCUUCGUCGUUGACAAAGGACUUCGCCGUUUCAAUCGAAACAAUCGAAAACAAAUAUAAAAAUGAUUUACAAUUACUGAAGAGGCAAUGCGACGAGUUAGAACAAGUGAAGACAGAACUAGAAGAACGUACAAUGUUACGAACCAAAGAUUUAGUAUCGAGCGUAGAAGAACUUCAAGAAAAAAUUUCUGAGCUGGAAAAUGAAAAAGAUAUGUUGAAGAAUAAUUUGAAAGAACUUGAGAUUCAACUAAAUAAAUCCAAAGACGUAGAGUGUAUAAGUGAAUCCGAAGCAUCCGCGAACCAGUUCAAUGAAUAUACCACAGAAUCGGAAAUUAAAUCAAAUGAAUACGUCGAAGGGAACGAUUUAACGUACGAAGUUAAGAAACGUAGUGCCACAGAAGAAUAUGUCUAUAGCAGAGAGAAAAUUAACGAAACAAAGGAAGAGUUGAACAUCGUCAAAAAAUAUAUUAUCGACGAAUUAAAGUCGUUCGACUGCAACCUAAAUACCGAGGAUGUUUUAAGUAAGACCGUGAGCGAAAUGUUUAAGAUUUUAAUACAUACAAUCAUGUUGAAAGAGAAGGAUGUAGUCGAAAGGAUGCUGGAAUCGUUUGAGAAGGAUAAGCAAAAAUUAGAGGACGAGAAACAGCAAAGCAGCGAUGUUGAAAGGCGUGCAACGUCGUGGAUCAGGGAACUAGAAACUGACAAUGAUAAUUUGCGAACGAACUUACUAGAGAAGGAGUUCUUGUACAAAGAACAGAAGAGCAAAGUAAUUGAAUUGGAUCGUCUUCUCAGGGAAAGCAAUAACGAGAGAAACGUGCUUAAAACCAAGGUGCAAGCGUUGGAACUUGAAAUUGGCAACAUGCAAAGCGACUUAGAAAAACAGUGCAAGGUGGAGGUUCGACAGGAGGAUGAAAUCGAAGAUGCGCACAAACGGGAAAAAGAGAUACACAAAGCUUUCAAAUACAAAGAAGAUGAACUUCAGUCGAGGAUAAAAGAUGAGAAGGAGGCGUUUGAAAAAAAAGUAGACGAGUUGGUUAACACGAUUGAGAAGUACAAGACGAUGAAUAUGGAACUGAAAAGUAACAUCGAAGGUCUCGAAGCUAACGAGAAACAAUUGAAGAAUAUCAUAGAAGCAAACGCCUCAGACUUGAAAAUGCAUAAUCAAACCAUAGAUAAAGUGAGUCGUGAUUUUGAUCAGCUCACAAAAGCUUCCAAUGAACUGACUAACGAAUUGAAACAGAACAAAUCUAAGAUCGCAAAUAUUACAAAGGUACUCAAGAAUAAAUGUGACAUGUUAUCCGAGUACAAAGUUAAACUCGAAAUCAUAAUGCCAGACUAUGAAAUGCUACAGAACCAAGCUAAAGAAAAAAAAGAAGCUAUAGAACGAUAUAAGGAAGAAAUAGCGAAGUUGAAUAUGGAAAAGAACAAGGAAAUUGAGACGAUUAAGGAUGAACUGAAUUCUGAAAACAUAAAGUGCACCGGUCUGGCCAGGCUAUUGAGCGAAUCGAACAACAAAAAUAUCGCUUUAAAGGAAGAGUUGAAUAACUUGAAAGAUAACUAUGAAAAAUUGAGAGAAACUAAUAUGAAGCUGGAAAGAAAAAUCAGGAAUAGUAUGAAUAAACUGAAAGCCGAAGCAGCGUUGGAAGAACUGAAGGACGUGAAUAAAAGAUUACAGAAUAAUUUGGAUGGCGCCAGUAAUCGCAUAUCCGAACUGCAGGAAAGUAAAAAUAAAAUUUUAAAGGAAAUGGUUAAUUUGAAAGCCCACUACGAGUCGUUGUGCCAAGAGAAUGCUGAAAUAAAAAAAACGUUGUCCUUGCACAGAUCCGAAAAAAAUUCAGUACAUUUAUCUCUCGAAAAUAGCAAAUACGAUGCACUCAUUCAAGAAAAGAACAAGAUCGCGCUAGAAUUAGAAGGCAACAAAUUAUUGUUAACUCAAAGAGACAAAGAAAUCAUGGAAUUCGUGACACAAAUCAGGGAACUGACUGCGAAAAAAUCCGAGUUUGAUAAUCAGUUAAAAGAAUGGAGUGCUAUUAUACACGAACGCGACUCGGAGAUUUUACAGUUAAAGACCGAGUUGAAUACUCAUCAAGUGGUGAACGAAUUGAAAGAAAAAUUGGUGGACCUCAAAACAGAGAAUAAAACUCUGGAUGAACAAGUGAAGGCGUUUGAAACGAAGUCGCAAGGCGAUAGGGAAGAAAUGGAGAUAACGAAGUUCCAUAAUGAAACUGUCCUUUGUAGAUUAAAGAAAGAGUGUUCGGAAUUGCAGAAGAAGCUUAGCGAUUAUGAGAGCAAGCUGAGGUCACAAAGCUGUAGCAGCAGUUUGAAAUCCAUUAAUCCAUUCGAGAAUAAAAGGAGGAAGCGUAGCAGGAACGAGGUGUUUAAUCAAAAAAGAGAUUUGGAAAGUGUGACGAUUGGCACGGAUGUUGAUGACGAAGAGACGUGCCAGAUUUUGAGGAAUAAGAUUCAAGAGCUAGAAAUGGAACUCGUCUCGAAGAAUGGGCAAAUUGCGGCGUUGGAGCGACAAAUUCAAAGCGAGAACUUUACUUAUCAGGAGAAGUGUAAGGGACUAGAGGAAGAAAUGCGUGCAUCACGUAAAAAGAAUGACGAACUUCGUACGGAGGUGGGGAAACUUCACAGGAUAAUAAUGGAUUUAAGUAGUUAUGAUUGUGAGAGGUGCAGACGAUGGAGACUAAACAAAAAGGAGCAAGCGUGUCAAACUUAUGAUGACGAAUUAGAAGGUUUUAAUACACAUAACAGAAUAAUUGGGAAUCAAGGAAAUUUAAUGAAACUGGAGAAAGAGUACGUGCUGGUGAAAGACUUGUGUCGUUCACGAAAGCGACAGAUAAAAGAUUUGGAGAACAAAGUAAAAAACUUGGAAGACGCACAGAGGAAUCGUAAUUAAUUUUUCAAAGAGAAGUCUAAUGCAUAUCGAAAUAAUUUGUUCUGGAAUUUGCAGUGCAAUUUUUCCUUCCUGUUCCGCUUCUUGGUGAAUCGAAUAUUUUUUAAAACAUUUUCCGCAGUAAUGAAGAUGAAGCAUACAUUCCAUACAAUGUGCUGAAAUUGAUAAAACCUUUAAGACUCACAUGGAGGAAUCAUUUAGGGAGAUUCCUUAAACAAUAAUUGACGGAAAUAUCGUAAUUAAUUUAUCAAAGAGAAAUCUAAUCAACAGCUGAACAAUUCGAUCUGGAAUUUGCAUUGCUAUCUUUUAUUCCUGUUACGCUUCUUGGCGAAUCGAAGGGGCAUAAUAUUUCCUAUCGCAAUGGAGACGAAGCAUGUAUUCUGCACAAUGUGCUGAAGUUUACAAAACCUUCGAGAAGCACAUGGAAUAAUUGUUCAGAGAGACUGUCUUCCAUAAAUAAUAACCGACAGUAUUGUUAGGUCCUAUUACAUGAGUAUUCUAUUCGUUCCAUUAACACAGUAUAGAUAAUAAUAACAGUAUUAAGAUUAUAUUUUUGUACUUUCGUAAAAUAACGCAAUUGAGAGAUAAACUAAUUUUUAUACAUACUAUAACGUUAAAGCUGGAUACACGCAUUCCAUGUGCCCACUUUAUAAUACUAAGAUUACUUUCAUCUGUGAUUUACCGUAUUGUGCAGUGUGCCAUAAUUUAAUUUAAUAUUUAAUUUACAGUUUGAAUUAUUAAUGUAAGAUAGAGGGAAUGUACGAUGUUGGAUUUGUUAUUAAUUAAUUAAUUAAGUAAUUAAAAAAAAAUUUACGUUGCCCUGUUCUAAAGAUAUAAAUAAUAAAAUGUUCGAUGAGUAAUUUUACUUGAAUA